AUGGCUCAACGAACGGGUCCCCCCCGCCGGGACGCGAUGCAAAGACUUCUACACCGUUUCUACGAACCUUUGCAACUUCUAUGGAUGUUGAAUCCCGCAAGAGGCCAAUGCUGUCCUGCACCCGCUGCCGGCGAGCAGUCGUCGGACUUCCUUGGGCGCUGGCGAAGAUUUUUAGAUGCUUUGUCUUGGCUGUGCGAUUUCGAGCAUGGUGGCAAGACGGUCAGCUCGGUUGCUGUCCAGGCGCUGCCCUCAGGUAAUCGGUUCUGGCUAUGUUGUGGGCAUGAGGCGGCUCUCCAGCACUUGACUUGGAUGCUCAGCUUGCUUGAGGACGAAGAGCUGUCAUUGCCAUCCCAACAAGUGCGUGCUAUCAGUACUGUCGCAGUGACAACCAUAUCCCACAGCGGUGAUAAAGUGAAGCGCUACGCCCGCGAGCUCUCGCGUUACAUCGCCAAAGUGGCCGUGCCGUCGGACGUGGAGCUUUCUACAGAAACUCGCGAAAUGCUGCGUGCCCUCGAUCAGUUGGCUUCACUGUCAGAUGCCGAAGAACUCUGUCUCGAGGCGGUCGCUUUCGCUCAUUUCGACUCUCUGAACGGGGUCGCCGAAGCUUCGAUCCGCUUGGAUGGCCCUUCAGAUUGGUCGCUCGUGAAACACUUCGUCGUCCGAUUGCGAAGCUGGCAUCAGAAGGCCGCCAUCGCCGUCCGAUUCGCUGGCAGUUUUCGCAGCCUACUACAAGACCAUACAAUUUCAUGGUUGCCACUUCCUCCAUCCAGAGACAUGCCGCCGAGCGAUGCGAAGACAAAUUUGAUGAGCGCCCUCAAGCGCAUGCUGAAAGCCGAUGAAAAGGAGCGUGUCUCGGACUUGUGCCAAGCAAUGGAAGACCUGCGAUCCUUUAACUUUGAUCAAGUCUUCCAGGAAAGCUACAGCAGCGGUAGACUGUCUCUUGCCGUGCACUCGGAAGUGUUUCUGCUCGAACACUUCCACGAAGAAGGACUCUUUUUUGUGCAGAACGACCGUUACAUUGGAUGCAGUAAGCCAUCAUGCUAUUGCUGCAGUCUGUAUAUGCGAUACCACCCUGGCAAUUUUGUGCUGCGACCUUCACAUGGAACCGCGUGGGUAACCUGGAGCCCGCCACUUUUAAGCAAUUGCGAUGCGCAGGAAAUCCGACAACGCAACCUGUUUGUCAUGAAUCGGGUGAUCGAACACUUGCGUCGUGACGUGGUGAAUGAAAUCGAGCAUCGUUUUGCACGGCGCCGGAGACAGCCUGAUUCUACCUCUGGCGGUUACACAGCACCAAGUUGA